UAGCUUUUUUUUUCCUCCAAACGGACAUGAUAAAAGCACACUGCUUCUUGCACCUCCCUACUUAACCUCAUAAGAUGGAGCUGAAGGAGGUUCGGGCAGCACCACCAUCAGAACAUCAGGAACAGCAAUUUAACAGGGACCCAGACACUGUUGUGACCAUCGGCAACCCUGUGGAGGAUCCCAGAGACUAUGUGGUAUGGUCCAUCUGCAGCCUCUUCCACGGAAACCCAUUUUGCCUCGGACUGGUGGCGUUGAUCUUCUCAUUCAAGGCAAGAGACACGAAGUUGAUCGGAGACCUGCAGAGAGCCAGGGGAUACAGCAAGUGUGCUCAGGGCUUCAACGUGGCCGUGCUGAUCAUUCUUUCUUUGACUAUCUUUAGUCUUGUAAUUGUUAGGAUAUAUGUGUCCGUUGAAAAUGCCAAUCGUAAUCGCUACUACUAUGGCUAAUAAACCAGUUAAUUUCCCCUGUACCAAAAAUAAUAAUGAAGCUGUAUUGAAUUGAAUUACCCAGUAAAGCGCUUUGUAAACAGUCAUUAUUUUACGCCACCUUUCAGAAUUAAGUUGAUUUGAAAAUAGUUUCAGCAGCCUCCCCAGCGAGUUCUCCAAGUUAAUGAUGCGUAAUGUCCGUAAAAUAACCCAUGGGUAGACCGAGGCACUGUAUUUGAAUUAGGGUAGUAUCUUUGGCUGAAUGUAUUGAAUAUUACUACACUUUGCAUUAAAGCUUCAACUAAAAUAAAUGUUUUCCAAUGUAACAUGA